UAUCAAAGCAACGACACCCACGCCGCAAAAAGAUCGCAGAGAGCGAAAAAUGGAAGGAGAUCAAGACCAGCGACCCUGUCCGUCGCCGGCGCCCCACCCUUCUUCUUCAACCCUUCUCAGGGACAUCUCAAAUUUCAAAACCCCAAAACGCCCCUUCUCUCAAAACCCUUCUCAUUUCCACUCUCCCCACCCCCAGUUCUUCACCGCCUCCAAACAGACCCCCACUUCUUCUUCCUCUUCGCUCUCUUUCCGCCGCCGCCGCCCUUCGCUUGCUCCGUCCACGGCCCGCUCCAAAGCCGCCCGCCGCCUGAAGGCCUUCGAGCUCGAACAGUCUCAGUCCUCCCGGAAGGCCCAGAUCAAGAAAGAGAGGUCCCUCAAGUGCUUGUCCAAAUCCCUCACUGUUUGGCUUAAUUUCUUGCUUGAGAAUCCCAAAUCCUGCGGUUGUGAUCUUCCUGGGUCGAAUGGCGGGGACUCGGUGUCCGCGAACGGAAAGAGGGACAGCUGGCCGGCCGGCGCGGUUGGGAUUGAUGGAAUGUGGAGGAGCCCAAAACGCCAGAGGGAUUGCUCGUGGCGUGCUGCCGAUCUCGAGACGCCGGAAUUUCCGAAUUCUAUGUUUCUGCCUUUGCAGUCUUCGCUGCGGGAUGUUUGUAGUUUUGACGAUCUGAAGCAGCGAAUGAGGGUCUAUUUGAGUUUGGGCAGUUGCAAGGAGAUCUUCAAAGUGAUGACUCAAGUGACGAAGAACACUGAUGACGGUAGACUAAAAAUGAAGACUCAUUGUCCAAUAGUAACUGAUGUUGGAAUGAAGGAAAAGGCAAUAAGGGUUCUCAUGUGUUAUAGCCCAGUAUGGCUCCGAAUUGGACUUUACAUUAUUUUAGGUGGUGAUUCCUUGUUGCCCAAUGGAGAUGUUGGUUCUGAGCAAGAAAUUGUGUUUCUGAAAAUGGUAAUUGAGAAGCAGUUUUUCUUGCAUGCUGGCCUUGCAAAAGCUUAUGCUUACAACAAGUUGGUUGAUGGUCUUUACAGACCUGGUUACUUUGAAAAGUUGGGGAAUGUUCUGUUAAAGAGAUUUUUGUUACUCGUUCUUAUACUCGAUCGAGCUAAAUCCCAGGGCACUCUUCCUAUUAAGCAUGGUAUAGAUGGAGUUGAUGGGGGUUCUCCUCUUCUGUUUACUCGGCAAUGUAACAUUAAAUCAAGUUGUCAAAUGAUAAAUGUUUUUUCCUUACCAGUUGUGGGAUUGACUUUUCUUUCUGGUUUGAAAUUAGAGUUAUUGCCGACGGAUGUGAUGCAUGGGGAAGGUAAUCUUCUUGCGCAUCUAGUGAUGGUAGGGUACAAAGUAUCUUACCAACAGUGCCCCCUUAUUGAAUACGACUUCAGCUUAACAGACUUGUUUGACGAUCUACGAGAUGGAGUGCGGCUCUGCAGAGCUAUCCAGCUCUUGCAACAAGACUGUUCUAUUCUCAUGAAAGUGAUAGUUCCAUCAGAUACCCGCAAGAAGAAUUUGAUAAAUUGUGGCAUUGCCCUGCAAUAUCUUAAGCAGGCUGGUGUUCCAUUAUAUGAUGAAGACGGAAUGAUGAUUGUCGGGGAAGAUCUUGCUAAUGGAGAUAAAGAACUAAUGCUUUCCUUGCUCUGGAACAUGUUUGUUCACUUGCAGCUACCUAUUCUUGUCAACAAAACACUUUUAUACGAGGAAAUCUACAAAAUCCGUGGAGUUGAUGCGGACCCCCCAAAUUAUGAUACUUCCACAUAUUUGGAAAUGAUUUUGACUUGGAUCCAGGCAAUUUGUGAAAAUUAUGAUAUUCAGGUUGACAAUUUUGCUUCAUUAGUUGAUGGAAAAGCCAUGUGGUGCUUGCUUGAUUACUACUUUCGCAAGGAGCUUCACUGCUCUUCUUCAUAUAAGGAUGCAAAUGAAGUAAAUGGUGAAGAGUCAAUUGUCUCAGUUGCUGAUUAUACAGAUGCAGUUCAUAACUUUAUAUUGUCACAGAAACUGACAACAAUAUUGGGAAAUUUUCCUGAGGUUUUGCAAAUCGGUGACAUACUUGAAUAUAAUGGUGCAUGUAAUGAACGAAGUGUGAUAAUUCUCUUGGUGUUCCUCUCAUCCCAACUGGUUGUCAAGAAAAAUAAGGACCAGUUGAAUUUUCAUAAGCUCCUGGGUUGUAAUUGUCAAAGUUCAGAGAGAAAACAUUCAAGUGGGCAUCAGUGGUUCUUGAAUUCUAGAGCAACCCUAAACCAAGAAGAAACAAAUGGGCAUGGCUCUGAAGAUGCGCUGAGAAAAUUUAAGGCCAUCCAGGCUUGGUGGCAAGAUAUGGCUCAACGGAAUUACAAAUGUGAUAAGAAACCAGCUACCCCUACUCCGCAAUAUGCUUUGGCUGGCAAACAUGACAUUGAUAUUCAAGGAGAAAAUGCUGCAAAAAUUAUACAAUCUUACUACAGAUGCUCCAUUGAACGUCGCAAUUAUUUGAAGAUAAAGAAUGCAGCUUACUUUUUGCAAGCUGUUAUUCGGGCUUUUCUAGUGAUGAAGCGGAUACCAGUCAUAAAGAAGAUCAAUGAAAGGUGGAAACAAUCAGAAGUAUUCAGGAGAUACAUUGUGUUCAUUGUUGACAGGCAUAGUUUUGUCAGGUUAAAAAGGUCCACAACACUCAUUCAGCAGGCAGCAAGAACUUGGAUUCGGAGAAAGCAGUUGGGUGGAAGUGUGUUGACUUGUGAUAAACCCUCACCUGGUCUUGUUAGUGCUGCCAUUGUCAUUCAGACAUGUAUUCGUCAAUGGAUAGUGAGGUCUAAGUGUAUCCACAUGGUUCUUCAGAAUGCUUCACUUAUGUGUGAAGAGAAGGGUCAGAAUGAUCUUCUUGUUAAAGCAGCAGUUCAAAUACAGCUUGCUUGGAAGAAGCACAUGGCUCGCAAGUCUCUAUGUAAUCAGAACUCUGCUGCAACUAAAAUUCAGAGUCAUUUUCGUGGUUGGUUGCUUCAAAGGAGUUUUAUGAAUCAGAAGCAUGCCAUAUUAAAAAUUCAAACUGAAUUUCGAUGUUUUAUGUGCUGGCGGGCUUUUAGAAAGUACAAAAUUGUAACAAUGUCAACCGUCACCAUUCAGUCUUAUAUACGUAGAUGGAUUGCUCAAAGAAGAGCUCAAAGGCUUAGGUAUCUGAUUGUUAAGGUCCAAGGCCAUUGUCGAGGUUGGUUGACAAGGCGGGAGUAUUUGCUCCAAAAGAAGGCUGCAAUAAAGAUCCAAAGAGCUCUACGAUGCCUAAAAUGUUGGGAGGCUUUUCAUUGUUAUAGAUAUGCAGCCAUUGAAAUUCAGCGGUUUAUCAGGGGGCAGAUUACUCGUCAUAGACUCUUAGGGGCUUCUAGUCAUUUUGUGGCUACCCAUGGUGAUUGUAUUCUAGGGAGCCCAGGAGAGUGCUUCCAAAGUUAUCAAUUCAAAAUAUUUCUACACUCAGUUUUGAAGUUGCAAAUGUGGUGGAGGGGUGUUUUGUUGCUUAAAGCAAAAACAAAGUCUGCAAUCAUCAUCCAGUCUUAUAUACGUGGGUGGAUUGGUAAGCAAGAAGCUUACAAGAGGAGACAUCACAUUGUUCAAAUUCAAUCAUACUGGAAAGGCUACCUGAUGCGAAAACAGUCACGGGAACAGCUGUUGGAUUUGCGUUUGAGAAUGCGAAAGUCUGCUGCAAAUGUAGAUGAUGAUAAACGUAUUAUAAACAGGCUUUUAGUGGCUCUUUCAGAACUACUGAGCAUGAGAAGUGUGAGCAGCAUUCUUCAUACUUGUGCAACUUUGGAUAUGGCUACAGAGCAUUCUCAGAAAUGUUGUGAAGAACUUGUGGCUGCAGGAGCAAUUGACACUUUGGUGAAGCUGAUCCGCUCUGUCAGCCGAAGUAUACCUGAUCAGGAGGUUCUAAAACAUGCACUUUCUACUCUUAAAAACAUUGCCCGCUAUCCACAUUUGGUUGAAGUAUUGAUUGAUACCCAUGGAGGCAUAGAAACAGUUCUUUGGCAGUUGUUAAGGAACAAGGGAGAUGGGUAUUUCAUUGCCUCAGAGCUUUUGAAGAAGAUAUGUUUGAAGCAGAAAGGUGUUGUAGCUGUAAGAAAUUUACCUGGUCUACUAAAAAGGUUGCACAACCUAGUUGAGGAUCUUACAAGGAGGACAAACAUUGAAAAGAGGAACAGCCGGGGUGUGGCUGCCAUAGCUGCCAAAGGAAACACAGAAAGAAGAUUGAGAGAGGCACUCGAUCUUUUCAAACUGACAACAAAUGGCUAAGGAAACUUGCUGUCAAAUAGCAUGUAAUAUGUAACUCUGUUUUGCCCUGAAGGGAAUUCUGUUAACAAAUCCAAUUGGGGUUGGAUGUGUACAUUUGAAGUGUAUGUUCAAUGGAGCAGAGAGCUUGUGUCACUGCAAUGUUUAAACUUCGGUGCUUGCGAGGAAAUUUGUUUACUAUACAUACUUGAAUACGAAGGUUUUCUGUUAGAA